AUCAGCUCCAGCAGAGAAGGAGCGAAAAGGCGGGAAAAAGAGGAACCAAAAGAAGGCUGAGGUGGUGCCAGGACCAGGAGGGGAAGGUGGGCGGAAGGAAGAGCGGUCCUCCAGCAGCUGAGCCCCGGGGUGGGCCUAGAGCCUCUGGACGGUAGUGUCCAGCAGGCAGCGCCCAGCAUUACUGCUCCGGCCUCCCAGGGCCUGGGCAGCAGAACAGCAGGCAUGCACAUCCCAGAAAGCCUCCAGGACCUGGCCAACAGUGAAGCCGUGCAGUUUCUCAAGAGGCCAAAGACGAUCGCACGGAGCUUGGCAGGGGUCUUCUCCCUCAUCGUCUUCUCCUCCGUGCUGACUGACGGCUACCAGAACAAGACCAACUCUUCGCAGCUCCACUGCGUCCUCAACAGCAACAACGCGGGCUGCAGCUUCGCUGUGGGAGCUGGCCUCCUGGCCUUCCUCAGCUGCCUGGCCUUCCUCGCCCUGGACGCCCAUGAGGGCCGCACCACCACCAGCCGCUUCAAGACGGCCUUCCAGCUCCUGGACUUCGUCCUGGCCGCCCUCUGGGCAGGCAUUUGGUUCGUGGGAUUCUGCUUCCUGGCCAACCAGUGGCAGCAUUCGCCGCCCAGACAGUUCCUCCUGGGGAGCAGCAGUGUCAAGGCUGCCAUCACCUUCGCUUUCUUCUCCAUCCUCGUCUGGAUACUCCAGGCCUACCUGGCCCUCCAGGACCUCCGAAAUGAUGCUCCAGUCCCCUACAAGCGCUCCCUGGACGACGGCGGCGUGGUGGUGACCUCUCUCUCCCCGCUGUCCGCCACCAGCCCCGUCAACACGCCCACCACCGGUCCCCACAGCCUGAGCUACACCAGCUCCGCCCUGUCCCCCCAUCUGACCACUCCGAAGGCCCCCCGCCUCACUAUGAUGCCCGACACCUAG